UUGUAGCUCUUGUUGUUGGUGUGGAGUAUUGACGGUUAUUUGUGCUUUUUGUGAAGAUUUUAUUCUUGUCAAGAUGUCUGAGAGAAAAGCUGUAAUCAAAAAUGCUGAUAUGUCCGAAGAUAUGCAGCAGGAUGCUGUAGAAUGUGCAACUCAAGCAAUGGAAAAGUUCAAUAUUGAAAAGGACAUUGCCGCGUAUGUUAAAAAAGAGUUUGACAAGAAAUACAACCCAACAUGGCAUUGCAUAGUUGGCAGGAACUUUGGUUCAUAUGUUACACACGAAACUAAACACUUCAUCUACUUCUAUCUGGGACAAGUUGCAAUCCUCCUUUUCAAGUCUGGAUAAACCGUUAACCGCGUUGACGCGAUCUCUAAUUGUCAAUUUUGGUGUAUGCGAUACCAAAGACUUGCAAAUUUUGCAUUUUUGAAGGUGAUGUUUGUGUGUGUGUGUUUUUUUUUUUUCUAAAAGAACUUGUACAAAUAACUUACGUCAAGAAAUAAUUUAUUUUAGUUUAUCUUGAAAUGUAUAGACUGAUUUUGCAAUAUUGUAAUGAAAAAAUGAUCAAUAAAAUAUUUAUGUUUUUGUUGC